ACGCCCCGCCCCGCCCCGCCGCUCCUCCUCGCUCUCUUCGGCUUUGUGCGCUCCACGCUGCGGCUCGCCUUGUCUACCGCACCGGGCCUGAAACACCGCAGCUAACAUGGCCCUCCACGUUCCAAAGCCACCAGGCUUCGCCCAAAUGUUAAAGGAUGGUGCCCGGCAUUACAAGGGCCUCGAUGAAGCUGUCUUUCGCAACAUCCGAGCCUGUAAGGAACUGUCUCAGACCACACGCACAGCAUAUGGGCCCAACGGGAUGAACAAAAUGGUCAUUAACCACUUGGAGAAGCUGUUUGUCACCAAUGAUGCAGCAACUAUCCUCAGAGAACUGGAGGUCCAGCAUCCUGCAGCCAAAAUGAUUGUGAUGGCGUCUCACAUGCAAGAGCAGGAGGUGGGCGACGGGACAAACUUCGUUCUGGUCUUCGCAGGCGCUCUGCUGGAGCUGGCAGAAGAGCUGCUCAGGAUGGGCUUGGCUGUGCCAGAGGUCAUUGAAGGCUACAAGAAGGCCUGCAGCAAAGCCUUGGAGAUUCUUCCCGACUGUGUUUGCGCCACAGCGAAGAACCUCCACGACGUUAAAGAGGCCACUUCGUUAAUCCGCACGGCUGUAAUGAGCAAGCAGUACGGCAACGAAGACUUCCUCGCCAAACUCAUUGCUGAGUCUUGUGUUUCCAUUUUUCCAGAGUCCGGUAACUUCAAUGUCGAUAACGUCAGAGUUUGUAAGAUUUUGGGCUGCGGGGUGACGGCGUCCUCCAUGCUGCAUGGCAUGGUUUUCAAAAAAGAAGCCGAGGGAGACGUCAAGUCUGUUAAAGACGCCAAGAUUGCAGUGUUCUCCUGCCCCUUCGACUGCAUGGUCACCGAGACAAAGGGCACCGUGCUCAUCAACAACGCACAGGAGCUGAAGGACUUCAGUAAAGGCGAGGAGGCCAUGAUGGAGACUCAGGUGAAGGCCAUCAAGGAAGCCGGGGCCAAUGUGGUGGUCACGGGAGGAAAAGUUGCUGACAUGGCACUUCACUAUGCCAACAAAUACGACCUCAUGGUGGUGAGGCUGAACUCCAAAUGGGACCUGAGGCGCUUGUGCAAGACCGUGGGAGCUGUCGCCCUUCCCAGGAUGACUGCCCCGACCCCCGAGGAGAUGGGCCACUGCGACAGCGUGUACCUGACGGAGGUGGGCGACACCCAGGUGGUGGUCUUCAAGCACGAGAAGGAGGAGGGCGCCAUCGCCACGGUGGUGAUCCGAGGCUCCACUGACAACCUGAUGGACGACAUCGAGAGGGCUGUGGACGACGGGGUCAACACCUUCAAGGUUCUGGUCCGGGACAAUCGUCUGGUGCCGGGAGCCGGCGCCACGGAGAUCGAGCUGGCCAGGAGAAUCGCUUCGUACGGCGAAACCUGCCCUGGACUGGAGCAGUACGCCAUCAAGAAGUUUGCCGAAGCCUUCGAGGCUCUUCCGCGGGCGCUGGCGGAGAACUCCGGAGUGAAGGCCAGCGAGCUGAUUUCCAAACUGUACGCUGCUCACCACGAGGGGAAGAAGAACAUGGGCUGCGACAUCGAGGCUGAGACGGCUGCCAUCAAAGACAUGACGGAGGCCGGCAUCAUGGAUCCCUACCUGGUGAAGUACUGGGGCAUCAAACUGGCCAGCGACGCUGCCAUCACCGUGCUGCGAGUGGACCAGAUCAUCAUGGCCAAGGCUGCAGGGGGACCCAAAGUUCCCAAGCAGAGGGGCCACUGGGACAAGGACGACUGGGAUGAAGCGCCUGAUAAGUUCGAAACCCAUCAUUAGAGGGCGCUGUCACGCCCUCCACCAGUAGGUUCUGGAAUGGUGUGAAGCUGCACUGGUGCUCACUUACUCACUCACUCACUGACUGGCGGAAUGUCACUACUAACACUGGAGUGUGGUUCACAACAACGAUGCGACUGAGUCACUCGCGGGACGUGAGGUGUGGUGCGGCUGCAUGCUCUGACCCUUGUCUGGCAGCUGCCGCGGUGACGGGGCUCCAGAACCGUCUGUCCAGCUGCUCCGGUGUCUCGGCUGAAGACUGGCCUCACACAUCAGCUACAUGACCAUGACGGGCUCUGCUGAUGGAGAAGCAGAUCCAGGACACGUGUGUCUGUAGUGGCCAGUCUCUGUUCAGCUGAAACACGCUGAGAACCCGAGAGUGUGUAGCUCACACGUCUCGCCGUGGUGGAACCUUGCACCCACCUUCCUCUGGAGCACUGACCUAGACCACUCUUGCGUUUCAUGUCGCCGCCUCUUUGGACUGUCGUCAUGCCUCGUGCUAUUAACGGCGAUGAGUUAAGCAGCUUCUCCCAUGAGAAACUGUCAGGGUUGAACAGCAUCUGACCCACAGUGCUGCCGCGCCCUGAACAUUCUCCUGACCGAUGUGUUGCCUCUCACGCGCCGUCUGCGCGCCUUCUCUGAUCACCACU